CACUUUCAGCUGUGGAAGUGGACCGAAGGACAGGACGCCAACAUGAGUCCAGCACUGUGGGAACUGUUGUGUUGUUUGAGCCUCCUGUCAUCGGGGACUCUGUCACAGAGCGACCGGCAGAUCCACUCCAUCAGCCCUUUUAUCCCACGAGUGUCCCCGCAGGUCCCUCCGAGGGUCAAUCAACGCUUGCGAGACGUCAAAUCUCUCGAACAAACCUCUGACGAAGAACCCAGCGCAGAAACCUUUCAAGAGCUUCAGCUGGCUGAUCACGCAGCGCCAGGAGACCACAGCUACCUGACGCAGGAGAGACGCAGAGCUGUCACUGGAGCUGGGGGCACUAACUCCAGGUUUCUUCAGCCGUCCCAGCAGCAGACGCCCAAGAGAAGCCGGCCACUGCAACACAGAGCUGCACCCAGUGCAUCAUGGCAGUCUGCUCGAGACUUGAGAGGCCCCGUUGCAUCCAUCAGAGCCAGCGCAGCAACAAGGUCCAACUGCAGAAACCGGCCCAUAGACUUGGUGUUCAUCAUCGACAGCUCCCGCAGUGUCCGCCCUGCCGAGUUUGAGAAGGCCAAAGAGUUCCUGGUGGACAUGGUGGACAGCCUGGAGAUCGGCUCGGACGCCACACGAGUCGGCCUGGUCAACUACGCCAGCACGGUGAAGAUUGAAUUUCUACUGAAGACUUAUUUUGACAAGUCGGCCCUGAAGCAGGCGCUGGCCCGUGUGGAGCCCCUUGCUUCAGGCACCAUGACGGGCAUGGCCAUCAAAACUGCCAUGGAGAAAGCUUUCACCGCCGAGGCAGGGGCGCGAGCCGGAGCCAUGACCAUCACCAAAGUGGCCAUCAUAGUGACAGACGGGCGGCCCCAGGACAAAGUGGAGGAAGUGUCAGCAGCAGCUCGGACGUCUGGGAUCGAGAUCUACGCGGUCGGGGUAGACAGAGCGGAUAUGGCGUCCCUCCGCCUCAUGGCCAGCCAACCACAUGACGACCAUGUCUUCUAUGUGGAGACCUAUGGGGUCAUUGAGAAGCUCACCUCCAAGUUUAGGGAAACCUUGUGCGGUAAGGAUGAGGAUAACGGGAGUGCGGAUGUUCCAUUAGAUGGCAGAAAUGGUGAUUAUGGUCUCGGCCUAGACCGCAGAAAAGACCGUGAUGGAAUAAAUAAGCCUAAUGAAAGUCCAGAUAAAGGAAACAACGGUUUGGAUGCAUGUGCUCAGGGACACAGCUGCCAGCACAUUUGUGUCAACAAUGAAAACUCAUACGACUGCAUGUGUCGAGCAGGAUACAUCCUCAACACGGACAAGAAAACAUGCAAACGUUUAGAUUCAUGUAACCAGGGACAUGACUGCCAACAUGUUUGUGUGAGCACUGAGGACUCGUACAUCUGCAGAUGUCAGCAGGGAUAUGUGUUAAACGCAGACCAGAAAACUUGUUCACUUUUGUCUUCAGGUUCAGAUGCCUGUUCUUUGGGACAUGACUGCCAGCACAUGUGUAUCAGCACUGGUGACUCGUACAUCUGCAAAUGUGGAAGUGGAUAUGUUUUAAAUGCAGACCAGAAAACAUGUUUGCAAAAGAACGAGGACUUUUCAGGAUCUGAUCCGUGUGCCAGGGGCCAUGAUUGCCAGCAGAUUUGUGCUAACAAUGCUGACUCAUACAUCUGCAAGUGUGGGCUGGGAUAUAAGUUAAAUGCAGACCAAAAAACCUGUUCAAGGUUUGAGACAUGUGACCAGGGACAUGACUGCCAGCAUAUUUGUGUCACAAAUGAUGAUUCCUACUUUUGCAAGUGUCGUGAAGGAUAUGUGUUGAAUGCAGACCAGAAAUCGUGCUCACGUUCAGAUACAUGUGCCCAGGGACAUGACUGCCAACAUAUUUGUGUCAGCACUGAUGACUCGUACAUCUGCAAAUGUCAAGCGGGAUAUGUGUUAAACGCAGACCAGAAAACUUGCUCACUUUCAGAUUUGUGUGCCCAGGGACUUGACUGCCAACAUGUCUGUGUCCAAAAUGGCAAUUCUUACUUCUGCAUGUGUCAUGAGGGAUAUAUGUUAAAUGAAGACCAGAAAACAUGCUCACGUCUGGAUGCAUGUACCCAGGGACAUGACUGCCAGCAAAUAUGUGUUAGAGAUAACAACUCUGACCUCUGCAUGUGUCAUGAGGGAUAUGUAUUGAAUGCAGACCACAAAACAUGCUCACGUUUAGUUUCAGAUGCAUGUGCCCAGGGACAUGAUUGCCAGCACAUCUGUGUCAACAACGGGAACUCUUAUAUCUGCAAAUGUCAUGAAGGAUAUGUAAUGAAUGCAGACCAGAAAACAUGCUCACGUCUAGGUUUGGAGGCAUGUGCCCAGGGACAUGACUGCCAGCACAUUUGUGUCAACAAUGGGAACUCCUAUGUCUGCAAGUGUCAUGAAGGAUAUGUAUUGAAUGCAGACCAGAAAACAUGCUCACGUUUAGGGUUGGAUGCAUGUGCCCAGGGACAUGACUGCCAGCACAUUUGUAUCAACAACGGGAACUCUUAUAUCUGCAAAUGUCAUGAAGAAUAUGUAAUGAAUGCAGACCAGAAAACAUGCUCACGUUUAGGUUUGGAUGCAUGUGCCCAGGGACAUGACUGCCAGCACAUUUGUGUCAACAAUGGGAACUCCUAUGUCUGCAAGUGUCGUGUGGGAUACAUGCUGAACAUGGACCGGAAAACGUGCUCACGUUCAGAUGCAUGUGCUCAGGGACAUGACUGCCAGCACGAUUGUAUCAACAAUGGCGACUCGUACAACUGCAAGUGUCGAGUGGGAUAUGUGUUGAAUGCAGACCACAAAACAUGUUCACAGGAAAUGCGGAGUGAAAUAACCGAAGAUGCCUGCAUGUGUGAAGCUCAGAUGUUGUUCCAGAAGAAAGUUCAGUCAACGAUUCAGGAGCUGAGCAGAAAACUUGAUGAACUUUUACAAAAAGUGAACUUCAUGGAGGGCCAGCAGCAGUAUUAGGAAGCAAGAUGAUAAAAGACAUGUUCUGGACUACCCAACAGUUUGACAACGGGAAGGCAUCUGUCUAGAUCUGUCCAUUUGGUCUGCAUAGCAGGCUAUUGCUUUCUGAUGCAAUGUACUGUAAACAUUAUGGUUUUGUAUUAUAAAUGUGCAUUUACCA